UGGCGGGUGCACACAAAUUUUGAAUUUUUAAUAUUGUUUUGAAGGACAAUGUUCUUUUAUCUCGGUGCUCAGACAUAAGGGCAAGCGUUUCAUCAAAAUUUAUCAAAUCUGGUGGCAGUCAGCACACAAGAAUCUUAUUUGUAAAACUAACAUAACCAAUGUGGCAUGUCCAGAAGCAGUGAUGUUUCCGACAUGUCAGCAUCUGCUCGGGUACCAAGUCAGCAGCAGCAACAACAUAGUGGUGUUAGUACCACAACGACUGGGAAUUACUCCCCAGUGUCCACACUGACUGGGAGUGGAGAUUCACUGUUGAUGACUCCAAGUAAUGAGCAGGUUUUACAGUUUGGGCCUUCUGAAGCCUCCACCAGUCAGAGCACAUCUCAGAUGACGGGUGUCUCACAAAUGGCAGCCUCACCAGGUAUACCAAAUGAGGAUGGGGGCAGCUCCAAGGAGGUGAUGUACCUCAGGAACCAGCUCAAGCAGAUGAGGGCAGAGAUACAGACUGAGCAGGACACAGUGAAGCAGCUAAGAAGAAGACUGAACACAGUUGAAAAAGAGCGCCUGGAGUUCACAAGCAGGAGCAAUGAACAGACUGCAGAUUUAGAGAGUCAGGUAGCUAAGUUUCGUGCCCAACUGGAGAAAGGGGAGGCAACAAGACAGUCACUGGAGUUUGAGUUAGCUAAGGCAAGGAGGGAGGCAGCACAGGAGAGGAGGUCUGCUGAAGACAGAGAAGCUAUGAUGAGCAGCAUCAAUGAUAACAUGAAAGAGAAACUUACUGAGAUAAAUUUACAGACAGCAGAUCUUCAAAAACAGUUGAAAGAAUUCAAGCAAUCGUCAGAGCAAGAGACUGCUAACUUAAAUAUAGGUUUACAGGAAAAGGAGCAAAUAAUAGCAAGUUAUCAAACAGAACAGGACAUUUUGCAAACUGAAAAGGAAAAACUUGAAAAUAUUGUUGCAGAACUUGAGGGGAACAUAGCAGACCUGAGUGAAAAAGUUCAGCAUUUAGAAGAUGAAUGCAAAGCUCAAGCAGAAGGUUUAAGAAGACAUAUGAAUGAUUUGGAUUUUGCAAGAGAAAGAGAAGAUAGACUGAAGGCUGACUAUGAGACGGCAUUACAAAGAAUUCAUACCUUAGAAGAGAGCAUAGAAGCUGAGAGGGCCACACAUUUACAGUCAAAGUUUAACUCUGAGAUUAUACAGCUGCGUGUUCGUGAUGUUGAGGCAGCCUUGGAACUUGAGAAGACAACUAAAAAUGAAAUAGCUUCAGAUGCUGAAAGGCAACAAAAACAACUUAGGGAACUAGAACAAGCUUAUACGGAGGAGAGGAAAAUGUCAAAACAUACAAGAGAUAAGUUUGAAAGACUUGAGAAGGAAUAUGCAAAUGUUAAACAUCAGUUGACCUCUGAGGUGGAGGAUAAGAAGGCUGUGAUAUCAAACCUAUCCAAACAACUAGAACUACACCAAAAAAAUUUUGAUGACCUCAAGGAAGAAUUGGCAAAGGCUAAGAAAAGGCAGAUCUACCUAGAAGAGACAUAUGGAGGCAGCAUGAGGGAGUUGGAACUCUUGAUACAAAAUUUUCAAGUAGAACCAACCCCAAAAAAGAAAAGAGAUAAAAAAGAUAAGCCCAAACCCCUGGCACCAUCUGUAGUUCUGGAAACCCUGAGACACACUCUACUGGAGUACAAGAAAAGGCUGGAUGCCACCUCUAGUGAGUUACAAAAGGUUAAAUCUUUAACUGAAAACUUAUCAAAAGAAGGAGACUCCUACAAAGACAUGAUUUGGGCUAAAGAUAAAGCAUUGGAGGAAACCCAGCAGGGAUAUAGAUCUGCCAGCAAGGAGCUACAGAGACUGCGCCAGGAAUACAGUGAGCUGGAGGCCACGCUGGCCACAUUCAAAGUAGAUGCUCAGACAAUUACACAGAGGUAUGAGAAGGAGGCCACCAGGGCCCAGGAACUUGAGGAGGAGAUGAUGAGAGUAACAAAGAAGCAUGACGCAGAAAUUGAGGACCACUACCAGUAUCUGAGGUCACUGUACCACAAGUUGCUGAGUGCUGAGAGCUCCCAGUAUCAGUCUCCAGCCAGUACAGAGGGCAUGUCCUGGGUUGAUCUCACUGUGGUGGUACAGGAAUACUCUGCAGCAUUACUCAAUAAACUCUACAGGACACAGGAAAAGCUUCAACACCUGGAAAAAGUGAUAACCAGUAAGGAUGAGACUAUGGAUGCCAUGCAGAGGGCACAUGAAGACCAGGUUGACAAACUCAGUAGAUUGGCAGAGGAACAAGAGUUGGAUUGGCAGAGACAGAAACAAGAUCUGGAGGAGCAUUAUAACAGACUGCUGGGGGAGGUACACACAAGGUCUAAGAAAACACAGGUGAUAGCAGAUCAAGCCUGGGAGAAGAUUCGACAGACAGGAACAGUUCAGCAAGGCCUUGAAGCAGAAUGUGCAGAACUUCGGGCUCGCUUGGCCCAAAAGAACCAGGAGCAUGGCUCCCUGCUUACUGCCUGUGCUUUGUUGUGUGGAGCUUACUAUCCUUUAUUUACCAGAGCCCAGGCCUUGGCCGCCCAGAGAAAUUUAUUAGAAAUCCACUCAAGACAUAGUGAAGAGAUGAAAGAACAAGCUCAGACUUUGGUAGAAACUCUCUCAGCCGAGCUGGGCGCAGACAAUGAACUGAGUUUUCUUGAUCCCAGUAGGAAGAGGCGGCGGCCCCUACUGAAAUUUCGAACUGCUGCUAUUGUUGUAAUUGCAGCAAAUAGACUGAACUACCUCUGUCAUAGCUCAGCAAGGUUAUUUGUCUCAUAUACCAAUAGAGGGAGCAGUGGAAUGUUGGUAUGUGCUGGCAGGACACCACAGAGCAGUAGGAGGGUAUUUACAGGUGUUGGUUUAAGUAAAUCAGCUAGAACUUACGGAGGUGGUCUUACUGCUCAUAGUUCAGCCACACUGGACGAACGCAUGGCACUCAGCUGGCUCACCAGCUCAGACCUACUGAAGACAGUGCUCUCAUCAAUGACCGAUGUCCAGCAGGUGCUUGACCAGCUCCAGCAGGCUGGUGCUAGUGACCCUAGGCUCCUCGUUAAAGCUGCCAAAUCAUCCUUUCACAGACUAUUAGACAAGCUGGGUCCAUACUUUGGGGAUGGGAGUGAAGAUGGAGGAUUUUCUGCCAGAGGAAGAGGUGGCAGUCUUACCCAGUAUUUAGAUUAUGGCCUGAGAAGAGUGAUCUCCAAUUUCCCCACAGAUGGGACAGGACAGUUUAUGACAAUGGAGGGCACAAUGACCAGUCUAAACCAGCACAUCUUGGACUUCACAGCACGCCUCCACAAAGCUGAAGUUGACCGCAGGAACCUGAAGUUGGAGCUGAACCAAUCUAAGCAGGAGAGUUCUGCACUGAAACAUAGCCACAGCAAAUCCAAGAUCUUGGAAGAGGAAGUUGCCAAACUUAGGCAAGAGGGUCAACAGAUGGUUCAGUUAGACAGGUUUGAUAGUGUUUGUCAAGAGUUAGAAAGUGCUCUAAAACGUGAAAUGCAGGCCCAGCAGUUACUGAACGAACAAAGUGACCAGCUGCAUAGCCUGAGUAGAAAGUUGGACAUUCAGGCAUCUGAAGGGUCAGAGAAAGAGAAAACUUUGUCUGAAGCUGUGCAGGGUUUAUCUGAAGCUCGUCAAGAAAUUCGAAGAACAGAACAGACUGUUCGUCAGCUGAAUAAACAUGUACAGCAACUGGAGGAAGAGAAACGCAUACUUCAGGACAAUGUGUUUGAUGCAGAGAACACUCUCAGGACAGUAGCUAAGGACAAAUCUGGUUUAGCCACCUAUCUUAAAGCAGUAGAAUCUGCUCUGGCACAGAGCAAGCAAGAAAUGAUUUUAUCGCGAGGUUUCCGUGGUCGUGAAUUCUCCCUGUCUAAAGUGCUGCUAUCCUCAGAUCUUCUUCCAGCUGACACUGUAAAACCUGGCCCUGAGCUAAUAGCCUGUCAGAACCUGGUCAGUGUCUUUGUGGAUGCCCAGCACCAAGCAUUCUCUAAGAUACUAGCUCUGGAAGAGGAGAUAGAGUCCAGUAAACGCCACAUCAGCACCCUAAAACAGGAGCUGAAUGCAGCAUGUCAGAGGGAAUAUGAAGAUCACGGCCAGGGUGCCUUUGCAGAGAAGUCAUAUGUGAGCCGUGGUGGAAGGGGUAUCUAUGAUAUGGGCCCUGACAGGAAUGGCAGAGAAACAUUUGCUCCACUAGUUGAAGAUCCUGACCCUACAAUGUCAUACCUUCGAACACCAGGUGGCAGGUCAUUCCGUGAAUCUCCAAUUCAGGACAAGACCAGAUCCCCAUACCAAACAAGUCAGGCUAGUAAUUUGCAACCUCGCCCAUUCAGAGUAACAUAGGAUUACAAAGACAGUCAUGACAGACAAGGGGCUUCCAGCAGCAUCUCAGGGGAGUGGAAACAUUGUCAAAUCUAUUUCAAAUUCCUUUAAUCCCUGAAUAUUUGAGACUGUUGUCCGAGUUAAUUAUUUGUGUAAUUUUAUCAAAAUUUAAAAAAUUGAUAUAUUGGCAGCAGCUUUGCUUUUUAUUGAUAACUUAUUGAUUUUUACUGUAUUAAAUAAUUUUUGUACCGAAAAAUGUUACGAAUAAUUUAACUAUACAUAUUUGUAUAUACUUUCAA